AUCCACUAUUAAGUUGAUUGGCAUAUUACUUGGCUGAACAUUAUUUGAAAGCAGUGGUUACAUAUUGGGGAGAAGGGUGGCCGUGUUGAUCAUAAAGAAUAGUUCUCCAACACUUGAUUGAUACGGCUUUAUUUAAAUGGUAGCUCAUAUAUUUUUCUGUUCUUGCACUCAGGAAACCUGACGUGACUUAUCUUAUUUGCAAGGACAUUGUCGACCCCAGGAAUUACAAUCAUAUAUGGAUUUAGGAAAGACUGGAUGGCGAAAUCUCCCCUUUUUAGGGUGAGAAUGGUAUAUUCCAAUGAUGUAGAGUCCCUCAUCGUCACGUUGGGUUUCUACUUUCCAGCUAGUGUUGGGUGUCGAGAAGACCCCAGUAGUAUGCGAGUAAGGUGAGAAUUGGCGUGGUAGUGAGGCAACUGAAAAAAUGCAGCUGUAUCGGCAAAAUGGUGUUUAAAGUCUCAGACACACCAGUUUCUUGUAGUUCUGAAGAUUUCUGCUUGCCAGGCAGCCGGAGGAAAAUCCAUCUGAGCCGUGAUGGCAUUAGUGUCACCAUCAAGAUGAACCAUUUUUACAAGGACUCGCACGUUAGCAACAGCUAGUUUACAGUAGCUAGCUUGCUAACACAAAAGAGUGGUCUGCUAUGGCAGUGGAAACCAGGACUUCAUGUGUUCAUUACGAGCUUCCUUUGUCCAACUUCUGAGGGGGAAAAACUUUUUGGAAUGAGCAUUUUGUAGACCGUUCAUGUAUCAUCACUCUGUGAGACAUCCAUCAUGUCUGAUCCAAGUUACUGGACCGCAUUACCAAGCUACAAGUCUCAUUUUGUGACUGGAGCGAUGCUAAAGCGAUCAAAAAGUUGCCGGAGCAGCAACAGGAAGAGUUUGGGCGUAGGGACCCCUUCACCCACUCUGUCUCGGCCUCUCUCCCCCCUCUCUGUCCCUACAGCUGGUAGCAGUCCCUUAGACAGCCCGAGAAAUGUGUCGACUAGUGCCUCUCUCAACUUCCCCUUUGCGCGAAGCCACAUGGCUCGCACUGACAGAGCGGAAGGAAGAAGAUGGUCCCUGGCCUCUCUCCCCUCCUCUGGCUACGGGACCAACCCCCCCAGCUCCACUGUCUCGUCUUCAUCCUCUUCCCAGGAGCGCUUGCACCAGCUCCCCUACCAGCCCACUCAAGACGAGCUGCACUUCCUGUUCAAACACUUCCGCAGUUCAGAGAGCGUGACGGACGAGGACGGGAGACCCUCGCACUGCAUCCGCCCGCGGUCCCGCAGUCUCAGCCCUGGUCGGACAAGCGGCUCCUUCGAUAAUGAGAUUGUUAUGAUGAACCAUGUUUACAAAGAGCGAUUUCCGAAGGCCACGGCGCAGAUGGAGGAGCGCCUGCUGGAGGUGAUCAGACACUGCUCCCUGGACAACGCCCUCCCGCUGGCGGACGGUGUGCUGGGCUUCAUUCAGCACCAGCUGGUGGAGCUCGUCCGCGACUGCCUGGACAAGUCCCAGAAGGGCCUGGUCACCUCCCGCUACUUCCUGGAGCUCCAGGAGAAACUGGAGAAGCUGCUGCAUGAGGCGUAUGAGCGCUCCGAGAGUGAGGAGGUGACUGUUAUCACGCAGCUUGUGAAGAAGAUUCUCAUCGUCAUAUCCCGACCCGCGAGGCUGUUGGAGUGCCUGGAAUUUGACCCAGAGGAGUUCUAUCACCUGCUCGAAGCAGCGGAGGGUCACGCCAAGGUGGGCCAGGGCAUCAAGACUGACAUCCCGCGCUACAUCAUCAACCAGCUGGGCCUGACGCGCGAUCCCCUCGAAGAAAUGGUGCAGCUGGAACACUAUGACUCUACGGGCCCCACAGUGGCUGCUGAGUCUGAUGACUCAGUGGAGAAUAAGUCCGCUUGCACGCCUUCCCGACGGAAACCACUGGAAAGCGACUUUGAGACCAUCAAGCUCAUCAGCAACGGGGCCUACGGGGCUGUGUACCUGGUACGGCACAGAGAGACCCGGCAGCGCUUCGCCAUGAAGAAGAUCAACCGGCAGAACCUGGUCCUGAGGAACCAGAUCCAGCAGGUGUUCGUGGAGCGAGACAUCCUGACGUUCGCAGAAAACCCCUUUGUGGUCAGCAUGUUCUGCUCCUUCGAGACCCGCCGCCACCUCUGCAUGGUCAUGGAAUACGUGGAAGGUGGGGACUGUGCUAACCUGCUGAAGAACAUGGGGCCCUUACCAGUGGACAUGACCAGGAUGUACUUCGCUGAGACCGUGCUGGCCCUGGAAUACCUGCACAACUAUGGCAUUGUGCACAGGGACCUCAAACCGGACAACUUGUUGAUCACGCUGAUGGGACACAUCAAGCUGACGGACUUCGGCCUGUCCAAGAUCGGCCUGAUGAACAUGACCACCAACCUGUACGAGGGCCACAUGGAGAAGGACACCAGGGAGUUUAUCGACAAACAGGUGUGCGGCACCCCAGAGUACAUCGCCCCCGAGGUGAUCCUGCGGCAGGGCUACGGCAAGCCGGUGGACUGGUGGGCCAUGGGCAUCAUCCUCUACGAGUUCCUGGUGGGCUGCGUGCCGUUCUUCGGGGACACGCCCGAGGAGCUCUUCGGACAGGUGGUCAGCGAUGAAAUCAUCUGGCCGGACGGCGACGACGCGCUGCCCGGCGACGCCCAGGACCUGAUCACACGGCUGUUGAGGCAGAGUCCUCUGGAACGUCUGGGAACAGGAGGGGCGACCGAGGUGAAGCAACACCCCUUCUUCCUAGGCCUGGACUGGAACGGACUGUUGCGUCAAAAAGCGGAGUUCGUUCCCCAGCUGGAGGGAGAGGACGACACCAGCUAUUUUGACACUCGCUCGGAACGUUACCACCACCUAGGAUCAGACGAGGACGAAGAAACCAAUGACGAAGAGUCUUCCCUAGAAAUCCGCCAGUUUUCUUCCUGGUCCAAUCGCUUCAGCAAGGUGUACAGCAGCUCGGAGCACCUGGCCACGCCCUCGAACCUGAGCUUCUCUUCGACGGACCGCAGCCACAGCGAGGAGAAGGAGGAGCGCUGGGAGAGGCGCACGGGGGCGUCUCCCGGGGAGGCCCACCGGCACGGGGGCAGCGGGGACCGCAGGCAGGCCGGCCACCGGGGGAGCCUGCGGCCGCGCGCCUCCUCCAGCUCCUCCCAGUCUGAGCGCAGCGCCAGCCCCCUGGUGAUGAGCAGCACCCACAGCCUGGAGACCAUGCCUCGCUUCGCCUUCUCCACCGACGACGAGGCUGAGGUGGUCGUGUCCAACCUGCACCGGAUCCGACUGCGCAGCAACAGCACGGGCGCCAAACACUCCUCCCCCAAAGACCCGGCGGGCCCGCGGCGCUACGGGCACCAGCUGGAGACGCCCGACAGGCAGCGGCCCCCCUCCGCGGGCAAAGUGCCCAAGUCCGCCUCGGUGUCGGCCCUGUCUCUGAUCAUCACUGCAGAUGACAUGGCGGGCGGCAUUCAGACCAGCCCCAUCUCCCCUCACUCGCUGUCCUCCAACCCGUCGUCCCGGGACUCCUCCCCCAGCCGGGACCUGAGCCUGGGCGUGAGCAGCCUGCGCCCGCCCAUCAUCAUCCACAGCUCCGGGAAGAAGUACGGCUUCACCCUGCGGGCCAUCCGCGUGUACAUGGGCGACAGCGACGUCUACACCGUGCACCACAUGGUCUGGAGUGUGGAAGAGGGCAGCCCCGCCCACGAAGCGGGACUGAGGGCUGGUGACCUCAUCACUCACGUGAACGGGGAGUCGGUCCAGGGGUUGGUGCACACUGAAGUGGUGGAGCUGCUGCUAAAGAGCGGUAACAAAGUGGCCCUGCAGACGACCGCGCUGGAGAACACCUCCAUUAAGAUCGGGCCCGCGCGCAAGACCAGCUGCAAGGGCAAGAUGGCUCGCCGCAGCAAGAAGAGCAAGAGGAGGGACAACCAGGACAGCAGAAGGCGGACCAUCCUGAAGAAGCUGUCCAAGCAGAGCACUGUGAUGCACAGCAGCCGUAGCUUCUCUUCCGGGCUGCAUCACUCUGUGUCCUCCAGCGAAAGUCUUCCGGGCUCCCCCACACACAGCCUGUCCCCUGGCCCCUCCACACCCUGCCGCAGCCCCGCCCCAGACCAAGCUUGUGACACCAACUCUCCUCAGAGCACGUCUCCCUGCUCCAGCUCUCCCAGCUCUCCGGCCGCACACAUCCGGCCCAGCUCCCUGCACGGCCUGGGCCCCAAGCUCAGCAGCCAGCGCUACACCAAAGUGGGCCGCCGCAAGUCCACCAGCAGCAUCCCGCCGUCCCCGCUGGCCUGCAACCCCUCCCCUCAGCCGGUGUCUCCCCAGCGCUCGCCGUCCCCGUUGCCCGGCAUCACCAAGACCCUCCACUCCUUCCACGGCAAGACGCUGUCGCCCCCGACCAUCGUCCGGCACAUCGUGCGGCCCCGCAGCGCCGAGCCGCCGCGCUCGCCGCUGCUCAAGAGGGUGCAGUCCGCCGAGAAGCUCUCGGGCGCCUACCACGGGGACAAGAAGGCCUACGCCUCCCGCAGGCACACGCUGGAGGUGCCCCACUGCGAGGCCGACGGGCUGGCGGACCUGGAGGGCGAGGGGGCGUGCGGGCCCUCGUACCCGGCCGAGCACGGCCGCCUCGGGGGCUACCUGGGCGGGCAGAGGCUGCGGGACUGGGGCGGAGACCGGGCGGAGGAGGUGGUGGUGAUGAGGAAGCUCAACCUGUCGGAGAGGCGCGACUCCUUCAAGAAGCAGGAGGCGGUGCAGGAGGUGAGCUUCGACGAGCCCGAGGAAAAGCCGGCCUCCGGCCCCACGCCGCCGCCUCCUCCGCCGCCCCCAGCGCGGGCCCCCUUCAAGGCCGCCUGGAUCGUUGCGGGGCCCCAGCCCAGCGAGGAGUCGGGACUGAGGGUCGGCACCCUGGUGCCCCAGAUCGCCGUGCAGGGCUCCGAGAGCGAGGAGCCUUCCGAGGCAGAGGAGGACAGCGAGAGGCCCGAGGCCACGCCCCAGGAGGCGGGGGAGGAGCCAGAGGCCACGCCCCAGAAGACGGGGGAGGAGCCUGCGCUCUCAGAGAAGAGCUCUGGUGAUGAAGGGGAGGCCACAGCGAGCGUGCAGAGAGGGAGUGUCCAGUGGGCCGCCUCAGAGCAGCCGAAAAGCACAGGAGACUCUCCGAAGCGCUCGGGCCCACAGAGAAACCAGCUGAAAGAGUGAGCGCUCGUUAUUCACAGAGAAGAAAACCAGACGCCCAAAUGGCCACGUCUCCAGAAGGUGCACCCCGCCACUCCCGGAAAGUUGAAGGAGAGACGUCCUUUUGCCAAAUAGAAUUUCCAAAAGAAGCUCAAGAAAGUUUUGCUUUUAUUUUCGCAUUUGGUUCCAUUGAAGUGGAGUCCCUUCGGGGGUUGCAUCGUAGCCUAAACAUUUUAUUUUGUAAAUAUUUGAUAUGGAAAGGAAAAAAGGCUAGUGAAGCUGGACCUUUUUUCCAGGGCUUAUUUAUUACUUUUAUAACCUGAUGGGAUUUGUAAUGGGGCCAAAACAGUAAAAUUGUUUUCUUGGUUGAUGACUAACCAGCCAGAAUUGCUGUUUUAUGACACAGUGACGGCACAACAUGUGUUGUUGUUUUAACAGUAUUUUAUGUUUGCAAUUUAAUAUGUACGAUGUCAGUUUUUUUUCCUUCCCUUGAGAAGUAGACUAUAUUUAUAAAGGGGAUUAAUUGCAUCUUCAGAUGUAAUUCAGAUGCAGAUUACAUACUGGAAUUAGAUUGCUGUUGUUUUCUGCAAACAGUGCAGUAAACAUUGGAAAGGAAAGCACUUCUUAAGUGCAUCCUGACAUGUUUUGUUGGCUUUGGAUGGGAAUAAGUAAACAAAACUAUUCCUCUAAUGUCUGAGAUCUGUACUUUAGAAUAGAAAUUUCACUGCCAUUUUCGUAAAGGCUUUUACUUUGAGAACUCCUAUGAACAAAUCUAGGUCAGAGGUUUUUGGAUCUUUUGGAAACCUACGCAUGGCCCACGGGCUUUUCACUGAACCAAAUGCAAACUUUGAUCCUGUAGUUUAUUUUUACUGGCAUCCAAAAUUUACUUGAGAUCCAAGGCAACUGAUUAAUAGUUACCAUUUCCCCUGAGCUGCACACAGCAGUUUCACGCAAAUAUGAUUUCAACGAAUGACCUGUUCUGUAACUAUGGAUACAAAGUACUGUAUGUCCCAUUAACAACUGUGGUUCUAUUGUAAUGGGCCCCCCUCAUUUUAUUAGACAGAUCUUUUUUCUUUUGUUUCUUAAGAUGUCGUCAUGUUACAGAUAUUCAGCACACAUCGACAUAUUUUCCCCCAUCACCGUUUGUUGCUAGAAUAUUGCAAAAGGCAGGAUAACCCCUUAGACACAGAAAUGUUUCUUCUGUCGUUGUUUCAUCCCCUGAAACAUUUUAGUACUGACUUAGAAACACUCGGUACAUGUUAGAAAGUUGUGCGUUUCUAUGCAUUACUUUAUUCUCAAAGGUCUUCAAAUAUUUUUCCUGGCAAAAUAGAAACAAGUAUGGAAAAUGGAACUAUUGAAUGCACUAAAUGUUUUCUGCACCACACUAACUUACUGUCACACUUAAUGACAAAUAUUAAGCUAAUGCAUUAGUCCAGUAUACUUUGUUCACCUUAAAAGGUUCUAUUUGCAGUUUUUUUAUAACACUGAUGUGAGUUGUAAGUACUGUAUAUGAAUUAAUAUAACUGUGAUCAACUUUAAUUGAAUAUGUCAAAGAGAUUGCUCUGGUCUCCAGCAUGACAGUGUGUGCUUGUUUGCUCUUAAGCAUGGAUCUGUCAUUGUGGGACCCCUAAAAGUUGCUCGUUACAAUUAUCUUACUGUUGAGACUGCCUAUGUACCACAGACAGUUGAAGCCAGAACUGCAUUUCUGUUCAGAAAGUGUCUGUUUUUAGCCCACAUUAAAUAACUUUGCUUUUUCCUAACGUGAACUCUGGCUUGAUCUUGCUUGUCCCAGGAAGUAUGUUGACUGGCUGUCGGAAUAUAGGAUUGAGAAUAAGCCUGGGAUAUUUUGUGGGCCUAAUGCUUCAGAAUAGUAGCUCUUUUGCAUGGUCAUCCCAGUUUAAAUUGUUGACCUACAGUCUGACUUGUGACACACUGAUCUAUUGUGUGCGUUAAGCUUUUCUGAAUUUCUUAAGCUUUUUCUCAGCCCCUACAUUUGGCCUUUUAUAUAUUUGAAGUAUUUCUUCUGUUAUUUGAUAUUAUAAAUCGAUGUUUACAUUGGAGUAAGGUGCACUUGCUUACACUGAAGGCAAACCGUUCUCAUGAAGAAAGUAAAAAAAAAAAAGAAAAAUAAAUAGAAAAAAAUACAAACUAAAAUAAAAACAGGAAUGUCCCCAUUCCUUCAAGACCUAGGAUUCAAUAUUGACACUUUUUAAUCUUUUUGUACUGUACAAGUAUUUCUGUAUGUAUAUUUUGAUAUGGUAGCUGUUUGGAAGCUGCAAUGUCAUGGAUUUUUAUUCCAUUUGCUUCUUAACCAAACUUGAUAAAAUGUUCACACCAGCUGAUGUUCAAGUGUUGGAGGUGUCACUCUGUCUGUGUGAAGGGGCAAUGGCAUUGACAAAUGGGCCUUGGUCAGGACUUUGGCAAGAUGACAUGAGAAAUGUCCUCAAACAAUAUCAAAUUCUCAGUCACUGUGCAUUUAUGUAAGUUUGGUCUGUCUUGGUGCAGUCCUGAAGAAGCAGAGUCUGUUAUAAAUCUCCAUAUCUGUCACAUCGCUGUAUUUGUACAGGAAAAUUGACUAGCCCAGGCUAAAGAUUGUACUUUAAAUCCAAGAAUCUAAAGUAACUCCUUUAGCACUGAGGAUCUCUUGAACACCGAAUGGCAACACACUGGUGUUUGAUACUGGAUAAUAUACCGGACAUUGGAUUUGUGAGGAAGGCAUACCAAUGGCCCAUUAAAUCUCUGCCUGUAUGAUGUCUUAUAAAUUGUUUACACUGUUUUGAACAAUUCAGAAAGAAGCAUGUGCUUUGUAAAUAAUAAAACAAAACUGCUUUUUGUAAUCCUGUAUUUCUACUUGAUGAAACCACUCCCUUUGGUAUACUGUAGUGUGGUACUUGUAUUACAAAGUCUGCAUCUGAACACUAUAUCACAUAAACGUUUUUGACAUACUUUAUGAUACUGUAAACCGUUACUUGUUGGUUUAGUGUAUAUAUAAUUUUUCCUUUGUCAUUUUUUUUUUAGAAUAUCUGUCAGAUGCAUGCUGCAUGUGACGAGAGCACAUGAUACUUGAUUGCACGGUUUUCUGGGUAAUAUUUCCCCUCCCUGUGGGCUGUGAUUUGUGUCUGCAAGGCAGUGUUCUGAUGACUUUGUGCAAAAAGUAGCCCUUUGUGUUCUGAUUUAGGACCCCAUGGCUCUUUCUCAUCAUCUCAACCACAAACUAACUGGGGCCUAUUUCUUCAUAAAAUGUGCUCUUUUUUGCCUCUAAAUGAAUAUUUGACAUGAAUUCUGUACGUGUUUGGUUUUUGUUUCACUAGACACAUGGAGCUGCGGACCCUCGUCCAUGUUAAUGCUGCACCUAAAACUGCUUUCAGCUGAAAGCAUUUCACCUCCGAAUCAGUUUGUUUGUGGUUUAGAGAUGCGCUGGAGUGAUUAUGGAUGUAUGCAGAUGGCAGCAGGCCUGUAGUGUUUCUCAAUAAACCAUCAAAAGGAAUGUCAUAGCUCAUAAAUAUAUCAACUGCAAGCACCGGCUCCAGUCACCUCAGUCAGUUUUGAUUCAUUAAAUAAUUAUUUUCUCUUUUGACAUUGUUCUGUAUGAACAGUGAGUGCACAGUUUAAAACUUUUUUUUUUAUUUUUUAUUAAAUGAUUCUUUGAACACUGCAUCCUAAGUUUAAUUUGGUAGAAGUUACAGGUGAAGGGGUAAAUAAACACAGUCACAACUAGUAUGCAACAACAAACAAAAAAAACUUGUUAAUGAUUUUGUGGGGUUGGUAUAAUUGAGAAAUUGAAGUUAAGGGCUAGAAUGUCUUACUGUGCACAUGGGUAACUGGUGAUGUACUGAUCCUGUUCCUUUUUGUUUCCUUCAUUUUGUAAGGUGUGUUUCAGCUGUGUGGCUCCUGGUCUGCAUUGGCAUCCAUUGCUUUGUAGCCGCUGGUGCUGGUUGGUGUGAAGGAUUUUAUUUUUUAUUUAAAGUUUUAUUUUUUGCUGUUCUAUAACAGUGUUUUAUAAUAAAUUAUUUGCAGAUGGCGUUUGAUAUGAAAUGCA